UUCGCGAAUUUUUCCCAGAUUUACUGAUUCUUGCCGAUUCUGCUGAUCUUGAGGCACAUAAGACUGAACAAGGUUGAAUAAACUACGAAUAUAUAUAUAUAUAAAUCAGGGAUUUUCGAAUAUUUUAUUCGGUGCCUAAGUGUGUUGACCGUCGUUUACGGGAUGGACAGUCAGGUAUGUGGAGACGGCAGGUUGAUAGAUGUGAUCGACGAGGGUUGGCGCAAGGAACGUCUGCCCAUUGAUGACAUCUCGACGCCAGUAGCUGAGCUGCCUGAUCCUGAAAGCGACAACGGCGAUUCUCAUAUGACGUUGAAGGAGUUGGAGCAGAAGUGGAAUAAUCUGGCAUUAAGCUCUCUCAGCGACAAUCAUCUACAUUCUCCAACACCACUGCACAACUAGAUAUAGUUUUCAGUUUCCUUAAUUGCCAGAAAACACAAUAAAGUCGAUUAUAAUUUUGAUUUGUUGCUGCAUCACAAUGGAAUU